UCUUGCUGACUGGCAAGGUGUAAGUUUUGUUUUGGAUUUUUAGGAAAUGGGAUCGUGUUUAAUGAGCCAAAAGCACAAACGAUAUGGAACACGUGUUACUUAUUGUAAAAAUUUGAGUUGCCUUUGCUUUCUUUGUCUUCGGUAUUACAUUGCAAGGAUUAUUAGUUUGUUAUGGGGUAUGGGUUGAAAAUGACAUAUAGGUGUCUGAACUAUCUAAAUUUUAAAUUUUAAAUUUGAUAUUUAUGGAUAGAAUGUGAAGUUCACAACGAUGGUAAACCAAAGGGUUGAACAACAUAUUACGGAAGGGCAAAGGAAAAAGAAGAGGAAGAAGGAAGGUUUGAUUCCUCGUCCUGCAUGCUCAUGGGUGUAUUUUAGUAAGGAGUUUAUCAAAGAGUAUAUUGCUUCCCAUCCUGAGUCAUCGGGUCUUAAAGCUGCAACAAAGGCUGCCUCAGAUGUGUGGAAGUCGAUGAGUCUUGAAGAGAAGGAAAAGUAUUCUAAGCAUGCACGUGAAGCGUGGGAUGGCUACUUGAGUUCAGGUGCUGCCCCUGUCCCCAAACCAAAGAAACAGACUAAACUAGUAACAAGAUGCUCUCCCGGUCGCUUAUUCAAUGUGUUACAGUGCCUCACACCUGAACAGAAGGAGGCAGUUAAGUGUAUGGGCUUUGGCAGCCUCCUCGGCCUUAGAUGCCAAACGCUUCGGCGCAGUUUGUGUCUUUGGUUAUUGGAGAGGUUUGACACUACUAAUUGCAGCUUGGAGAUCUGUAAUGAGCACAUGAUGUUAACUCCGAAAGAUGUAGAGAUAGUGAUGGGAUUAUCUGCCAAUGGGAAAGAAGUGGUGAACUCUGGUCCAGAAGACUUGAUUUUAGAUUUACGUAACAGUUAUAAUGCAACAAAUCAUGGAAUUUCAGUGCGACUUUUAGAGGAGCGGUUGGCAACUGCUGAGGCUGGAGAUGAUUUUAAGAGGUCAUUUAUUCUUUAUGUGCUGGGAACGCUUCUGUCCCCAACAGCUAGGCUGGAUGUUAGCCCAUCAUUCCUCCACUUUUUGACAAAUAUGGAUCUUGUCCAUCAGUAUAACUGGGGUAAAUUCUUGCUUGAUAGGCUGGUUCGAGAGAUAUCACGCUUCCAUCAAGGGAAGCAAAGAGCUGUUGGUGGUUGUCUCUUAUUUCUGCAGCUUUUCUACUAUGAGAGCAUAUCUCUUGAAGGGGCUUCUGCUCUAGUUCCAUAUAGUGUUCCAUAUCUGUUUUCUUGGGGGGAGGAGGAGAUUGCUGAGAGAGAAAAACGAGAAAAGGAACUUGGCGGUUAUGGUUUUGGCGAGCCAUCAAGCAAGAAGAAAUGCCAUAGUAUGAAUUUCCCAGAUUAUAGAAAUCAUCCAGCUGGCCCAUCAGUUAGCACAGAAAGCACUAGGAUUGGGCAUGGUUCCCUUCUUGAACCAGAAUCAAAUGAGGAAGGCAUCCUUGGUCUUCCCAGGACCAGAACUGUAUUGAGUGGAGAUGCGGAUUUAGUAGUUGAAUCAAUCAAAUCACCUUGCCAAAACAGAGAAUAUGGCUGCAAUGAAACUCUGGAUUACAUGACCAGUAAUGACCAUGAAGUGACAUGCAUCUAUUCUCCAUGUACUUGCCCACUUCAAGGCUGCAACUAUGUUGGGUCGUUUGAACAGUUGGCAUUGCAUUUCAGCAGUAAACACUGGGAUUCUGGGAGACGAUUCAAAUAUAAUUAUCCAUUAUCUAUCUAUUUACAAAUGAACGAACAAUUCCUUGUUCUCCAGGCAGAAGAAGAUGGGGUUCUCUUUCUCCUCAACAAGGGCACAGAGAUUAAUGGGAAUAUAGUGAUGAUAACCUGUAUUGGUCCAAGCUCAUUAAAAGAGAGGUUUACUUAUGAGAUUGUUUCAUGUAGGGGAAGAAGUUCUCUUAGAUUAAAGUCUGUAGCUGAGAGUUUUCCUGCUCGAAUGGAGGAUUUUCCCCCAGUAGAUUUUCUUUUAAUUCCUUUCCAUUUUCUUGCUUCUUCAGGGAAGCUCAAUAUCGAUAUUUGUAUAUGGAAUUCUACUGAUCAUGAUGUAGAUUGCUCUUGAUUUGUGACCUAAAUUGUAGACAAAUUAUUUAGGAAGUGAGAAUGAUGUCAAUUGGCAUUUGCUUAUAAGAUUUUUCGGCUAUUUCUUUAGAAUGAACUCUUGAUCAACUGAAUGCUGCUUAGAGCAGGAUGGUAAUCUCUAUCAGAAGUCCUAGAAAGUUGUUUAAAUUCAACCUUUGAAAUGAUAAGU